UUACCCAUCAUUCUCCGUCGGAGCGGAAGCAACGGUGAAGCGGCGGAGCUCUAGCCGCAGAAGGAGCACUCAGGAUCGGCCACACACCGGCUGACAUGCCGAGGGGAUGAUGGCUGCCUUCGGCAUUCUGAGCUACGAACACAGGCCUCUCAAACGGCCCAGACUCGGUCCUCCCGACGUUUAUCCACAGGACCCGAAGCAAAAAGAGGAUGAUUUGACGGCAUUGAACGUCAAGCAAGGAUUUAACAACCAGCCGGCUGUUUCAGGCGACGAGCAUGGCAGCGCUAAAAAUGUCAAUUUCAACUCUUCAAAGAUCAGCUCAAACUUCAGCAGCAUCAUCGCGGAGAAGUUACGCUGCAACACGUUUCCAGACACUGGCAAGAGGAAGCCGCAGGUCAAUCAGAAGGACAACUUCUGGCUCGUCACAGCGCGCUCGCAGAGCUCCAUUAAUAACUGGUUCACAGACUUGGCCGGCACCAAACCCUUGACCCAGCUCGCUAAAAAGGUUCCCAUCUUCAGCAAGAAAGAGGAAGUGUUUGGCUAUCUUGCAAAGUACUCUGUGCCGGUGAUGCGAUCCGCUUGGAUGAUUAAAAUGACAUGUGCGUAUCACGCUGCUAUAACUGAAACCAAGGUGAAGAAGAGGCACGUCAUUGACCCCUGCAUAGAAUGGACUCAGAUCAUAACGAAGUACCUGUGGGAGCAGCUGCAGAAGGUGGCAGAGUUUUACAGACAGUCUCCCAGCCAGGGCUGUGGCUCGCCUCUUCCUGCUCCUCCUGCUGAGGUGGAGACCGCCAUGAAACAGUGGGAGUACAACGAGAAGCUGGCCAUGUUCAUGUUUCAGGACGGCAUGUUAGACAGACACGAGUUCCUCACCUGGGUGCUGGAGUGUUUUGAGAAGAUCAGACCUGGGGAGGACGAGCUUCUGCGGUUCCUGCUGCCGCUCCUGUUACAGUACUCUGGAGAGUUUGUGCAGUCAGCCUACUUAUCGAGACGGCUGGCGUAUUUCUGCACACGCCGGCUCAAUCUGCUGCUGAGCGAUGGCAGUCUCGGACCAGGUCCAGGCGGACACCCUUCACACGGCAUAUCGGCACAGCAAGGGAACGCUCUGCCCCCCACCCCGACCUCCCAGCCUGCAGGGGGCAACCAGCCCCAAACGCCCUUCACAGACUUCUACAUCUGCCCCCAGCACAGACCCGUGGUGUUUGGACUAAGCUGCAUGCUGCAGAGUAUCGUGUUGUGUUGUCCCAGCGCUCUGGUCUGGCACUACUCUCUGACAGAUAGUCGUAAUAAGACCGGCUCGCCAUUAGAACCUCUUGCCCAAUCGCCCCGUCGAACCUGCCCAUGCCCGGGGGUCCGCGUCAAGGUGAGGGAGAUUGAAGAGCAGAUCAAAGAGAGAGGGCAGGCCGUGGAGUUUCGCUGGUCUUUCGAUAAGUGUCAGGAGACGACUGCAGGUUUCACCAUCAGCCGCGUCCUGCAUACGUUGGAGGUUUUGGAUAACCACAGCUUUGAGAAGUCAGACUUCAGCAAUUCCCUGGAUUCGCUGUAUAACCGCAUCUUCGGCUCGGGACAGAGCAAAGAUGGACAUGAGAUGAGUCCAGAUGACGAUGCGGUGGUGACCCUGCUGUGUGAGUGGGCUGUUUCCUGUAAAAGGUCCGGGCCGCACAGAGCCAUGGUGGUGGCCAAACUCCUGGAGAAGAGGCAGACGGAGAUCGAGGCCGAGCGGUGUGGAGAGUCGGAGGUCGUGGAUGAGAAGUGCUCGGUGUCCUCAGGGUCUCUGUCUGCUGCCACGCUGCCUGUUUUCCAGGACGUCCUGCUGCAGUUCCUGGACACACAAGCACCUGUGCUCACUGAGCCCGGGAACGAGAGCGAGCGAGUGGAGUUCUCCAAUCUCGUGCUCCUCUUCUGCGAGCUCAUCCGUCAUGACGUCUUCUCACACAACAUCUACAUGUGCACCCUCAUCUCACGAGGCGACCUGGCCUCCGACUCCCAUCUGCCCCGCCCACGCUCCCCCAGCGACGAGCCCUCCGACGAAUCAGAGCGCAAAGAGCAGGAAACAGGAAGCAGUGUUAAAAUGGAAGAUACUGGUAUGUCUGAGUCAAUGGAGAUAGAUCACAACUCCAGCGCUAACUUUGAUGAGCAGAUGUUUUCUCCUCCGAUGCACUGCGAGUCGAAGGGAAGCCCUUCCCCGGAGAAACCUGCCCCGGAUCAGGAGAGCAAAAACACUGCCAAGGACAAGGGCAUGGACCCGGCCUUCCCGCUGGUUUACGAGCAGCCCCGUCACAUACAGUACGCCACACACUUCCCCAUUCCUCAG